AUGAACCGAAACUAUAAUCCUACCGACUCAGAACGUGCUGAAGAUCAACUCCGACAAUGCCCUGGCGGCGACCGUCCUGUCGAAGAACCUGUUGCGCCUCAGCCUUCCCCCGUGACGGAAGCCGAAGUAAACUCAGAGCGCGACGAAGAGACUGCCGCUCCGGACAACCCUCCGCCUCCUCAUGCUGAGCUUGAGGAGGAUGGCCAUUGGAUAGAAUUGCCUGCAGAGCUUGAUGCUCACUUUGAGGCCCUCUUUGCGCGGCUUCAAGACGGCCCUGUAGCUCUCGAAGUCGACGCUGAUGGAGUCGCCAGAGUGCACACAGAUGACAUGGAUCCAGCAGUUGCCGAAGAGGCUUUGGCCUUUGUCCGCCAACUUGAAGUACUACCGGAGUCCACCAAUUCCCAGCCUACCGAAGAUGACCGCACACGCGCCUGGGAACAGGCGAUGGAGACCCUCACACCUGAGCAUCAAAUUCUCUUCCAAAAUUUUGCACAUGAUGCCGUCAGGAUACUCGAGCAUUUGAGUGUAGAUCCCAACCGGACCGUAUUGACAGCGGAUGAGAACGACGCCAUAAACAAUAACUUGGUGGAACUCCGCCGGGCCACCGAGACGUUGCCCCUUGAAACCCAAGACCGUAUCUACGAGUUUUUCGCUGGUGCAGACCAGGAAAUCCAGCGGCUAAUUAGAGAGGGUGCCCAGAUCACCAUCGCAAGACAACAGGCAGACUGCUUACUCGAUCGCCUGGUCAACACAAACCUGCCAUCUUUAGUAGCAGAGGCUCGCCAUGACAGCCCCCCCAAGUGCACAAUAUGCUUGGAGGAAUACGUCGAAGGAGAUGCUGUGGUGGUGCUACCCUGCCAUCCUUCGCACCACUUCCACCGGGCCUGCAUCCAUGAAUGGUUGCAAGCCCUGAUCCCCGAGCCCAGCACCUGCCCAAAUUGCAGAGCCGAUAUACUAUUCCGCAUGACCGAAAUCGGUUACGAGCAGACUCAGACUGAGAAACGCAAAAGUGGUCACGUAUUGCAUACCUCGCUCAGCGACUCGAUUGCUCUCCACUGA